GUUUUUUUUUUAUUUAUUAAGAAUUAUGUUUCCUUCUUGAUAUAAACAGGAAGUCCUGUCGCAAAAAUGAUAGACAAUCAGAUCAGGGAUGUUCGGAGCAUGUGAAGUUGGGAGAGGGACUGAGGUUUAAUUUCACUUUUGGAUUGAGAGACCGAUUAUCUCCGAGUACACAACUUGAACUUGCACAGCUGUCAGUGUACAGUAUGACGCGCUCCAGCGAGGAAUACGUGCUCGUCUUGAAAUAAUAACGUGCCCGAUAACGAUUGGCAAAACGUGUAACGUCGUACCACACCAGCCUGCUAAUAAUGCCAACAAUCGCGUAGGGGUGAUACUGAUGGCUUUUGUCGAAAUAAAAUUUUAAACAAAAAAACGUUUCGUGUUUGCGAGAGGGUACGUUUCGUAAGAGAGUUUAGGGCGGUCGCUUACGGAUGGCAUAUCUUUUAUCUAGGCUGCAGUAGUAAGAUCAGUGUCGUGAGCUGCAAGAAGCUAAAUGUGCGGUUUAUGUUUAAAAAUGACAUUUCUCCACAUGCCCAGAAGCAUACUGUACGCAUUUUUAUUUUAGUUACGUGAAAGUGGUUGUAUUUUUUUUUUACGGUAUGGGUGCACGGCGGCUGUUUUUAUUCGGGGGGAAACCGUAUAUCGGACUUGCUGGGCGAGACGCCGCAGCGCCGUGGCUGGUGUCGGGCCUCCCGAGGCUGGGUGCCGUGCUGUCGGCAGGCUUGGGGCUCCGUAACUUGUCGCUUUAAUCGGGCUUUCUCUCGGUUUCCUCCUCUCCUCUCCCCCCUCCCCGGCUGCGGCGAGCGGUGACGGUGCACGCUGGGCUCGCCGCCGCUGAAGUGACAGGCGGCGCAGCCAACGGCGGGGCGCUCCGGCCGGGGCUUGGCGUGAGAGGCCGCCGCCGCCGUGCCCCCAUGUGCCGCACAGGCGUAAGCCUAUCGAUACAUUGUAGUCUGCCAAGUCAUACGACAGGCAACCCAAGUUGCACAGCAGGUGUCCUCUUCGGGCCUCGGUUCCGUCAACACAUGCCGCCCUCUACACGUUGCAGUGAACGAAGGCAUCGCUGUGGUCGUAGGUUAACUCCCAUGUGAACGAGGCAGAUAUGCAGGGUACCAUGCCAGUCGAAAGAAUGCGGAUGAGGCCGUGGCUGGAAGAGCAGAUCAACUCCAGUAAAAUCCCGGGACUGAAGUGGCUGAACAGGGACAAGAAGAUUUUCCAGAUUCCAUGGAUGCAUGCAGCUCGGCAUGGGUGGGAUGUGGAGAAAGACGCCCCUUUAUUUAGAAACUGGGCCAUUCAUACAGGGAAAUAUCAACCCGGUGUGGACAAACCAGACCCAAAGACAUGGAAAGCCAACUUCCGGUGUGCGAUGAAUUCCCUGCCCGACAUCGAGGAGGUCAAGGACAAGAGCAUUAAGAAGGGGAGCAAUGCCUUCAGGGUCUACAAAAUGUUGUCACCGACUGAAAGACCCACAAAGAAAGGAAAGAAAAAAACUGAGAAAGAAGAAAAGCCCAAAAGAAUCAAGGUGGAGGAGCUCGUGCCCGCCUCCGAGGACCCCAACACGGCCGCCGUGGCCCUGAAGGUGGAGGAGCUGGUGGACAGCACUGUCGUAGGCCUCACCGAGCCCCAGAGCGCACUGCCCCGCAGUCACCUGGAGGAGCAGCUGAUCAUCAGCAACCCCCCGGACGUGUGCCAGGUCAUCGAGGUGACCACGGAGAACGAAGACCAGUCCGUGAGCUCCAGCCACGCCUACCCGCUGCAGAUCUCGCCCGUGUCUUCCUAUGGAGAAAGCGAUACUGACAGUGUGCACAGUGAUGAAGACACUAAAAAGGUUUUACAAUGUCAGAAGCAGAGUUCUAGCCACAGGAUACAGAUGAAUGAAAGUGAGAAACGAGCCUGUCAUUCUAGUACGUUUUUUUCUCGUGCAAAGGACCAUUACUGGCAUGCCGUGUGCAAAACAUCACACCACAUGAUGCUACAAGCAAAGGUUACAGACCACCAGCAACCACCCAGCCUUACCAACAAUGAAGCAUUUAUUGACACAGUCCAACAGAUAAGUAAAAACUUCUGAUUUGAAUAUAAAAGCAUGCUGUUUGGCACACAGGACAGGCUCUAGUAUUAUAUAGUAGGGUCUGUGUCUGCACGAGACAGAUGUCCUCCAGUCUCCAAGCUGUGUCACAAUGUGUGAUUGCUUCUCAAAAGUUUCAGUUCAUGAGUCUGAGAGAGAAAAGUCCCUGAUUUCCAUAGCAAAUGAGUAAGUUCAGAAAUCAAUGAUUUUCACAGCACAGCCUCUUCCUGAGUUUCCACAGCAUGUUUUUCAAGAAUGGCUGGCUUGGAGCAUACUUGCAUUAUGUUUAACGCCAAAGAGGAUGAUAACAAAAUCGUAAAAUUUGAACAGCCAACUGAUCUUCAUCAACCUGAAUGCAAUUGCACUCUGUGAAUAUAACCAGGUGUUUCAAAGGUUAAACUUUGUUAUGUUUACAUAAGUCACUUAUUAAAAUGCACCACUUUGCAUGUCUAUUUCAGUAGUAUAAAGCUUCUUGCUUGGAAUUGAGAAGCACCAACAUCUGAAACACUGGAGAUAUCGACAAAGAUUUAAAGCAAAGAAAAACAGAAGCACUGCUUGGGUCCUACUAUUUUUCUGUGCCUUCAAAUGUAGUUAAAUCCAGUGUUGUUACUCAUUUAAAUAACAGGAAAAGACACAAAGUAGUUUGGUGUUGCUGUCCUGUGGCCGUUGGGUUCAGGACUCAAUUGGUUCAUCCUCAUGUGCCUUCUGUUGGGAGUGUGCAUGUUUUCCUCAUGUUCAUAUUGUUUCCUGCAAAGGGGAUCUCUAACAAUCCCUGUGUGCCAUAGACCUACAGUGGACUGACAUCUCUGCUUUUUUUUGUUUCAGGGAUAAAUGUAACAGAGAUGUUCAGAAUUACUAACAAUUAGUAUUUCUUUUCAAGGCUCUUGUAGGAUGUUGUUCUCGUCGUUUGAAAUGCACUCUGGACCCGUGCCAGGUUUCUGCUCUGGGAUUCCUCGGAAAGCUGUUCUCCAUUCACAGUAAUAACUGCUGCCUAACGAGGCGUUGCUGUGGUUUCUGGGCUCUGUCUCCCAGCCGCUCGGCCCCAGGGAGACACAAGAAAGCCCCCAGAGAGGGAAGAACUGGUGGAGCUCUCAUUUCUAUCAAUUACACAACCAAAGGUGUCACCCCAAGACACCACCACAGGGCUCUCUGCACUACUGCACUCUCUGUGGUAACCUCACUCCCUCACAAAACCUGGGCUGUCUGUGAUGAGGGAACACUCUUCUAAAUUCAGUUGGAAAGUCAGUCGAUAAGUUUCCCCUGGCUAUGUUUUCAUGACCCAGCCUGUUUGUGCGCCUGGUUAAUACAGCCUGAAAAUACGUAAUUGCAGUGUUUUAAUAAGAUUAUAGAAAUCAAACCGGAAAGAGAAAGCAGGAGAACAGUGGAUAAAUAGAUUUUGUUUGAUCAGGCAGGCAGAGUUUUUCUUACCAACUGCACUUUCUCAAACAUUGACACAUGGGCAUGCGUCGUCAUAUUUAUUUUUGCUAUUUCAAGGUUCUGAGUGUUCUGUCGUACACUAUUCUUGCCAACUCACUUUAUGUCCCAGAAACUUUACUGUCAGCAGGCACUGCACCAGACUGCAGUGGUUAGGGAUCUGCACUCAUACUGUACUUUUCCAGUAAGAUACCCGGCAAUAUGUACCAUAUGGAGGCAAAUGUAAGUCACUUUGGAUAAAGCAUCAGCCAAAUAAGUUGGUACGUUCAACUCCCUGAUAUACUUGUGUGCUAAAGCUGUUUAAUCAAAUUUAGAAAUAUUCCUUACAAACAAUAGCUUGGCAGAUCUGGUCAUGAGGAAAUGCUGGGAAGAAUGGUACUUUGCAGUGCCUUGGAGAUAGGACACAGGGUCUGCUUGGAAUCUCAGCUGAUACCUGUUAUUUGCUCGUACAGCUGUUCACAUGUCAGCGGUUAUGUCCUGUGAGAUCUAGUGCUCAGUUGCUCUGUAUUUCUUUCUCCUUAUACCACAGUCCCUGGGAAUACAGGGUAACCAUGACCGCAGUCCACCUGCACAUGUGAACUCCGUACUCGCCCUGUAGAAGCACUGUCCACUGAGCCCUGGGCAGGACUGUCUUUCCCUACACACCUUCACAUGGGAUGGGGUUUCUCGGGAAAUACAGGUGUCGGAAGAGUGCGUUCACAGCGACAGCCUGAACAUUCAGAAACAUGGACAGCAGGAGCAAUACAAUUUGAAAGACAAGAAAACCCCUGUCCAUGCAACGUUUUUCUGCCAUCUUUAAUAUAGUCAUUGUGGCGAGUUUUUCAGUUCUCAGCAGGUCUCAACAGUCAGUCACAAUGUCUUUGUUGUUAUUUUUUUGAGUCCUCAAUUUCAGCUUUGUUUUAGCUCUUUUUUCUUCUUUAUUUGUUCAUAAUGAAUAUACAUAUGUGCAGCUACAUUUUGUAGGUAUAUUUUGAAAUCGUUUGUAUCCCCUAUUGCUAGUGCAGGUGUAAAUCUGAAAUACUGUGUGUUCAGCUGUGACUUGAUUGUUACGAUCUGGUCUGACCUGACUAGUAGCAUUGCAGAGCUGUGCACAAAAUAUAGGAUUGUUUUCUUUCAUUCUUGAUAUUCUAGUUCACAACUGAAAUGGGUGUGUUUGUUCAUGUUGCAGCAGGUCAGAUUUAAACACAAAGUAGAAGCUUUAGAAGAUAUUAUUCCCUAUUCCUAUACCAAUGGUUAUUAAAAUAGCUGAAGAACAUUUUUGUGCGCCAAUUUGCCAGUCACAGCACAUACAUCAGUAUAAUCUAGUAUGUGUAUUUACGCAUUAUUAUUUUAAAUGUUGUUAUUUAAAAAGUAAACUCUUAUCUGCUGCCAAAUGUAGGAAUACUUCCACAGUGCUUUACAGAAGGAAACUAGGACAGUGUACCAGCACUUUCAUGCAUUUAAACCAAAACACAAGCCCUUAAAACAUUCACAGCAGUAGGUUUAAACUGUUGUGAUGUUGCAUUUAUGCUAUUCUUAUCUCUGUGGGAAGAUGUUCCACUUGUUUGUCUGAAUCCAGAGCAACAGUCCCCAAGGAGUGUACGGCCAGCAGGUUUGCUCUGUGUGGGAGAAGACCAGUCUUUUGGUUUCACUUGUUGUUUUCAGCUAGUGGACUUCCUGUUACUCCGAAGGCCUGCAUUUCACAGUGCAUAACAGUAGCCUUGACAACAGCACUGUAGAUAAGCGAUUACACAAGGGAAAGCAGAAUUAACCCUGUACUGCCUGUUUUUUUCUUUCCCGCAAUGGAAGUCUGAAAAAACGAUGAUGUGAGAAUGGGCGCAAUUGAUUCAACGAAGAUGACACCAGGUUAAUUUUUUUUUGUACUUAGGUACAACUAUGGAAGUAAAAAUGAGGACACACUAGACAUAUUUAAAAAUAGACACAAUUGUUACAAAGGGAACAUGUUGAUGAAGUUUAAAUUGGAAAAUGCCCUUUUUUUCAUGGUUUGCUCCCACUUAUUUUUUUUGUUGUGCUUCAUUUCUAACGCCACCCUGUUCGUCUUGUUCUCCCAUGGCAGGACAGGACAUGUUGGGCCUUUCAGAGUUUACUUUGCACGUGGUUCGUAUUCCAUCAUGUGUGUGUUUAUACACUGCUGUGCAAAUGUUUUACCGUUCAAAACGUGUAUGUUACGAGGACAUUACUGACUCAAUGUCCAUGAGUAAUCAGUUGUUAUUGAUUAUAACAAGUAAAACGAGUUUUGUACGGUUGAAGCAACUUUGAUACAGUAGUUAAUAAUUCUGCUUGGUUUGAGUGAGAAUAAAACAAAGCCCGUUGUUCAGCUGUUUUUAAUUCAAACUGAACAGAACCUUCCAAAACCUAAUCACAAUACAUUGAGGGAAAAUAUACAUUAGCAGUCAAAAUCCAAUUGACUGAGAGAUAUUCAUUGCAAAAACAUUGCAAAAAACAAGUCUGUCAGGUUUACUUGCCGCUCCAAACAAAAGAGCAGAUGUUUCAGUAGAAGAUCAACAUAUAUAGUGUUUCUCUAUAAAGAAAAGACAAGAGUUGAAAACAGAAGAAUAAUGAAAAAUAUCCAAGAAGCAUUCAUCAGAAGAGUGAAUAAAGAAGAGAAUGGAAGAAUGUCAAUUUGAAUGAAUGGGUGGAUUCACUGCAUUUAGUGAAUGAAUGAAAUAAUUAACUGGUGAUCGAAUGAGUGAGAUGAUUAACUAGUGAAUGAAUGCCUAAUUAACCUCCUAUAAGCCUCUGACAGUUUGCACAUAAAAAAACGAAUAAGCGAC